UUUAGCCGAAAGUCGACUUAUGGAUCCCUAGUGUUAGUAAAAUGGACGACGCGUUGAAAUAGAAUUGCAAAAAUUAAAAAGUAAAAUAAUUCACUAAUUAAUUGCAAAUAUUGAAAAAAUAUAUAUAUAAAAUAAGAAUUAAAAUGUACAGCAAUUAACUUUCGAUAUAUAGAAUGAAACGCGAUGCAUUUGUGGACGUGAUGAAAAACAAAGAAUUGUGACGCAGAAGAAAAGAAUGUAUUACAAAGAAAAAAGUGGAAAUAUUUAAUUUAGCCAAAAACAAAUGGACGGAACAAAGAUUUGGUGAAAAAUUCCAGUGAAAGAGAAAAAGAAAAUAUAUCGGUCAUAAAUUGCGCGCUAUAUAUACAUAUGCCGCGUUGAGACCGAGGCGGUCAAAAUAAAUCGAUUUUUUAUUCUUUUCGCUGCUAGCUUGCUUUGGUACAUAACUUAUAACCAACUUACUUACCAACAAGCUUGCCAUCCCAAAAGGUUUAGUUGUGUGUUUGACGCAUUUACUACGUGCCGACGAAAACGUCGUAGGGAAGAAGUGGCGCGCAAUGUCGAAUAUUGUGGAAACUCAGGUGACGUCGUCUACGUCGCAGCAGCAAGAGCAAAAACAACAACUGACCACGAGCGAUGGAAAAGAGGAGAAGCAGCAACAAACAAAAGCAGCGGAGUCAGCGACGAAUACCAAAAUAAAUAUUCAAAAUGUUGCCGGUGGUAAAGACAAAGUCGCUGUAAAAGCAGAAGAUACUCGUGGAUUAGAUGGGAGUUGUGAUACAAAUUCUCAAAAGAGAUCCAACGAAGGUAGUCGAGACAAAGAAGGGAGACAUAUUUCCAAAGGACAAGUAAUAGAUUCAAAGUCGGCAAAAUCAUUAACGACAGCAUCUGAGGAUAACAAUGCCUUGUCCAAGGAACGAAGCGGUGACAAAGACAAAUCACACAAGAAGAAGAAAAAAGAGAAAGACAGAGACCGGGAUCGUGAUCGUGACCGUGAUAGAGACCGGGAUCGAGAACGGGACAGAGACAGAGAUCGUGAAAGGGACGGUUACAAAAAGUCCAAAGACAAAGGCGAUCGAGACAAAUCACAUAGCUCCCACAGUAGGGACAAAUCUACGAAAAGCUCUUCAGAACGAAGCAGCUCAUCAAAGUCGAAACCUCAUUCUUCAAGUGACCAUCACAGGGAUGUACAUCAUAAUAGUGAAAAAUCAAGGACUAAAAAUGGUGCGAGCGGCAGUACAUCAACGCCAGUUAAGGAUCCGUCGUUGGACAAGGAUAAAGCUGCAUUAUUGUCCUCGGCAUCUACAUCAGAAGCUAGCAGUCGUAGGAGAAGUUCAGAAAGUAGCAGAUGUAGCCAGAGCAGUGGAUUCAAAUUAAAUUGCUUAAAUAUAAUGGGCGAAGCGGAGAGCGAGAAAGGCAAGUCUAUAGAACAAGACCUCCCAUUAACAAAUCUUGGUGAUACACAUGAUACAACAAAAUCUUGUGAUGCAUUAAAAGAGGAUAACCAAAACAAUGUACGCGAUUAUCCCAUAACAAACAGUAAAGAAGAAAAAAUGGAAAAAGAAAAGGAAGAAAUAAGGAAUCAAAAUGAGGGGAAUGUCGCCCUAAAAAAAGAGGAUGCCAAAGAUGUCUUCAAAGCGAUCAAAUUGGAAACUCCAGCUGUUACCGUUGCUGUAAAUGCUUCUCCAAUAUCUAUCAAAGAGGAAAUAAAACAAUCUACUGAAGUCAAAAGUAGUACAUGUAAAACACCAAAUGAAGUAUCUCGACAACUAAAUUUUAAUGACGUUGCAGUAACAAAGAUGGAAGAUAAACUCCACGAAAAAGUUCUGAUCGAUGAAAUAACGAAAUCUGCUGUGGACAUCAAGCAAGAAAUUCCUUCUAAGUUAUCAAGUGCAAUAGAAAUAAAAUCGGAACCAAUUGUCAAACCUUUAAGUUCAGAGACAACUACAUCGGAACAAGAUUUAUGCCAAAAAAUUCCUAUAAAAGCGGAGACGUUACCAAAACUAACAGAAAAUCAACUGAAAAUGGAAAGUCUUAUGAUGCCCUCGCCAGCUCACAAAACACCAUUUGUGUCAACAACGGCGGUGCAGCAUUCAAAUAUAAGCACAAACCAUCAUUAUACAGACUCGACAUCACAUAUUUCUAUUCACAACCAAAGUGCGCAACAUCAAAAUCAUUCCACUGUUUCCAUAGGUAGUGGAGGCACAGUGCCGGGACCUUCCACUACUUCGUCUACGUCAUCUUCAUCGAAGUCAGCUACAUCUUCAAGAAGAUCCUCAUCUGGUAGCAGCUCUCAUGCACAUCACCAUCACAACCACAAGUCCUCAUCUUCUUCGUCGUCUAACAAACACAACUCAUCGUCGUCAUCUUCUGCAAACAAUUCAUCGUCGUCUUCGUCACGUAGUAGUCGGGAAUGCUCUAGGUGUUACAAACGCUCAAAAAUAAGACGUGCCAGUGUUGGAACACAAUAUGUACCGCCACCACCCCAACCAAAUGUUACACGGACCAGUCGCAACAAUAAUCGUGUGCCGCCUGGACUUGAACACCUUAAAUAUGGACAAUACUUCGAAGUCGAAGUUUAUCCGAAUGGUGGUGCUUCCGUUGUGCAUCUAUAUCAAGAUGAAAUUAAAGACCUCCCUCCACAUGAAAUGGAUGAACUGGUGGAUGAGUUCUUUGAAGUUUGCUUUGCAGAGGAUGAAGAAGGCUAUGCACACCAUGUAAUGGGUAUUGUACACGAUGCGGCGAGAUACUUGCCUGAUUUAUUGCAGCAUAUGGCAGAAAAUUAUUCAACACUCACUGUUAAGGCAGGUGUCUUGGGUAGAAAUUCAGACAUAGAAACCUGCACAAUGGCACAGUACUAUGAACAGGUUGUUCGUAAUUAUUCUCAGGGGACGUUUCGGUAUGGGCCUCUGCAUCAAAUUAGCUUGGUAGGCAAAGUACAUGAAGAAGUCGGUGGAUAUUUUCCCGAUUUAUUGGGGAGAAUAGAAGAAAAUCCCUUCCUGAAAAAGACCAUGCCUUGGGGACCAUAUUCAAUAUUACAAACUGAUCCUCGACUGUCGAACGAUGGUCCAAUUCUAUGGAUACGUUCCGGCGAACAAUUGGUGCCUACAGCUGAGCUGAAUAGCAAAACACCAUUAAAGCGUCAGAGGACACGAAUUAAUGAAUUACGAAAUUUGCAAUACUUACCACGUCUCUCGGAGGCUCGUGAAACUAUGAUAGAAGAUCGCACUAAAGCUCAUGCAGAUCAUGUGGGCCAUGGGCAUGAACGCAUUACAACUGCAGCUGUUGGUAUACUCAAAGCCGUCCAUGGAGGCGAAUCUUAUACCCAGAAUCGCAUUACCAAAGAUGUGGUGGCAUUUGCAGCUCAAGAUUUUAACCAACUUGUGGGAACAUUGCAAUUAGAUUUGCACGAGCCUCCAAUUUCACAAUGCGUACAGUGGAUUGAAGACGCCAAACUAAACCAGCUACGUCGUGAUGGCAUACGCUAUGCUCGCAUUAAAUUGUGUGACAAUGAUAUAUAUUUUUUGCCACGCAAUAUUAUUCACCAGUUUCGAACUGUGACGGCUGUAACCAGUGUUGCAUGGCACUUGAGGUUACGUCAGUAUUAUCCGGGUCAAGAGGUCAUCAAUGAAAAGAACAACCCAGUAUUGGCAGAACCUCCACAAUACAAAGAGAAGCAGACAAUUCUACCAAAUCCCAUUUCUCAUGAUGACAGUCACACGAAAAAGACCCCCUGCAAACGUAAUCAUGAGGGUAAAGCUAAAAAAUCAGAAACGAAGAAGCUUAUUGACAUGGAAAGUCGUAGUCGCCUGUCCAGUGAGAGUGGAACCGAUGACUCUACCACCGCUGUAAAAGAUGAUCCAGAAACUCCAACAAAAAAGAAACAGUCAACGAAAGAGGAACCCAAAAUUGAUAUGCGGAAAAUGGUAAUUGAACAUAAUAUGAUAAACAAAGUAGUUGGAACAAUAGCACCAUCACCAAACAAGACAGAGAAGCCGAAAAAAUCAAAGACAAAUGAUGGUGAACAUGCGAAGGAGAAGAAGGAGAAACGUAAACAUAAAGAUGAAGGUAGUACUGUAAAAUCGACUAAAACUUCUUCGCUGACUCCCAAGAAGCACAAAACUUCCGCCGAUGUGGCAACAAGUAGUGAAACAACCUCAACAAAAAAUCUGUCCACCACCACUGUGGUGCCUAUGGCAAAUUCCAGUAAUCUACCCAGUAAUAAGGUUAAACUUCCAGAACCAAUAGUGCCUGCAUUACCUAUGCCUCUAGUACCUCCCACGCCGUUCACACACCGAGAGGCUUAUGUGAAUAGCCUAAAUCAAAAAGAACCAGAAAUAAAAAUACAAGUACAAAUAGUUUCCGAUGAACCUCCUCCUCCACAAGUUUCCACAUCAGCAUCAUCAACCCAUCUAAGCAGCUUUCAACAACCUCAACCUGCAAAUAGCGCAGCACCAUCUUCCCAAUUGCCGAAUAUUGUAUCUACAUCUACCUCCACCACAAUUCAAGUUACUACCAUAACUUCCCCUCCAUCACCAACACCUGCUCCUCCAAACAAUAUUAUAAGCGUUGAAGAAGCCCUUGUACCUCCCCAUACAACAGAGAGCAUAGUUGACGAUAUCAUACUAUCACAACCUCAGUUGGUAGUAGACCAUGAGGAGGAAGUGAUCAUAUCAGAAGAAAUUGAAACCACCACAAUGCCAAUGACAACAGCAGUGGCGUGUUCCAAUCAAACCUAUCCACCGUUACCACCCUUACCUCCCUUGCCACCACUACCACCACCGCCUCCCACACACACUCCACAGCCUCCGCCACCUCCACCCCCCACACACAGCACAGAUGCAAAAGCCAUCAAGAUGUCAAAAGUCUCUUCAUCAAGUAGCUCUUCAUCAGGAACCCCUUCGAAAUCUCAAAAAAGUGCUUCAAAAGUUUCCUCCAAUAAGCACAAUAAAUCUUCGGCGGAUCUCAUAAGUUCCAUAUUGGCGUGCAUGGAUAGUCGAACAACAAGCAGUUCAACUAGUGGCACCAAUUCAUCAAGUAGCAGUAGUACUUCGUCAUCUUCGUCCAUAAGUUAUACAUCUUCCUUGCAUUGAGUUGCCAUCGAUCCGGCCAAAGGGAACGAAAUAUUUUUUGAGUUAAUUGUAAAUUUUGUUAGGACUACAUUUUGAACUUCAAUGGGCAUACAUCAUCAUCGUCUCAAUUGAAAAGUUAUGUAUAAUUGAGACAAGAUUAAGAUUGGUUUUUAUUCGCCAACUUUUGGUGGAAAAUGAAUCUUUAGUUUAGCCAUAACUUUCCAAAUACUUUUGGAAGGGUAAUUCAUUUCGAAUUCAAUAUAAAUAUUAUAUUGUGUUCGCAUUGUCUGAACUAGAACUGUUCCAUAUUCCUUUGUUUUCCUCAGAUCCUAUAAAACAUUUUGUAGUUUUUACUGUUUAUAGAAUUAUGUAUGUACAUAAAUAUAUAUUUUAGACAUAUUGUAUUUUAUCUCAAGUUUAUGCUUCACUAACAUGAUCCUAAUCAUUCUUUUCAUUUCCUGUCCAACUAUUAAAAUUUGUUCAUAUUUAUUUUAUGGUAUAUACGUUGGAUAAGCAGCAUAUUAACUAAACACUUUUAUUUAUUAAAACUCGUUUCCUUUUUAUCGAUUUCUAAUUACUUAAACAUUAGAUCUUGUAAUCCAAUAUACUUUGAAGUCAUCUUAUCACAGUUAUUUGUUCAAAGCUAUACGCAUACACACCCAUAACAUCAACAACAUGGCACAUUUCUUUUAAUAUGUGUUAAAAUUUUGUAUAACAAUGUACACUUAUAUAAUUAUACAUAAUAGGUCCAUAAAGUUAUAAACAAUAUAAAUACGUUAUAUAUUUGUAUGGUUCAGAUAUCAGUUAGCAAAAUCGCUUGUUGUCGAUGUGUGGGUGCAUGCAUCCAUCCAUCGCUCACUGUGUUGGAUUUUUUUAAACACACUCAGAUAUAUUUUGCACUUUUCAAACAUACAAACAAAUCAGCCAGCAAAACAAAAAAUCAAAUCAAACUUUUAUUAUUUACCAAUAAGACAAUGAAUGGAUAGCAGAACAAAUAUGUAUGUAAGUGAAUACAUAUAUAUAUCGCAGAGAAACAGAUAAAAAACAAUAACAUCAAUUUGAAGCACACGAUAUAUAACAUAAAUAUAUAUAUAUAUAUUAUCUCACUGUCAAAACAAGAAGAGAUAUAAGUGAGAAUUAAACGGCAUAGCGUAUAAUACACAAACAUAUUUAAGAAGUAGUCUUAAGACCAUAAAUAAAUAAAUAAUCAUACUGUAGUUGUAA